AGCGAGCCGAUAUAAAACAUCCAAUGUGGACAUCAACAUAGCAACGUGCACCAACAAAGACUUGCUUGACAAAAUGGCAAAUAUUGCGGACAAGGAGUCGGUUAGCAAUGAUGAAGAUGCGACUAAAGAGCACAGUAAAAGCGUUCCACACCGAGACACACAACAGCCACAACAGCCGUGUAGUCCGGGUGCCUCAAAAUCGGAUACAAGGACACACAUCGAUGCAUAUUCGGACAUAUACGGGGGCUGGAAAGGGGGUACAGAUGGUGGUACUGACGGAGGCACGAGUUCGCCGAAGAGUCCACAAACACACCAAAAGGCAUCACCGCCGAUGUCCCCGGCCAAUCCACUGUCACGUCCAUACACCCCGCCCUUGCCAUCAUCGUUGUCACAAAAGACCACACACAGGCAACUGGCAACCACACACAUACAAUCACCUCUCCACACACAAGCAAGUACAAACACACAAGGUAAUAUAGGCUUGCAACUCGGUGCGGAGAUGGGCUUUGGAGGGGUCACAGACGACUCAGACGACAAGGUCAACAUGAACAGGAGUGAAAGUGUGGGCCGCUUUACCGUGCAAAGUCGCUCUUCGUCGGCAAAAUUGAAAAGCCCUGUACAGCAUGAGUUCUACCGGACGCCAUCACAUCUCACGAAGUCCGCAGACGGAAUGAAAAAUCAGGAAUUGGGAGUGCAAUGGUCGUUUGGAGAAGAGGACACACGCGAUAUGCUGCUGCUUCCCAGUGGCGAUGUCUCCAGCUCCAACAUGUCGAGUUCAAGCACGCCACAAAGCCCCACCGAGCACUAUUCAUAGCAUUAUCCAAAUAAAGUUUCUCCCAAG